GGACAAAAAAAAAAUAAUAAUAAUAAUAACAGAAAUAGUUGAUAAAAUUCAUUUUCUAUAAGAAACCAAUGUUUCAGAAAGGAUUUCUUAGUAGAAAUGAAGAAAUAUUAAAAAAAAAACGAAAAGAAAAAAAGCCGUCAAAUUAGAGAUUAAGUAAAAUAGAGUUCGCUCCCCUUGUAUCCCGCGAAUCGAAGACAUUUGGUUCCGUUCAAUGAAUGAAUGGAUCGAUUUGUUGUGAAGAAACAGAAAUUAAUUGCUACAAAUGAAAAACUAAAGGCAUUGGAAGAAGAACAUGACGAAAAAGAACCCCAAACUGAAGCAUCUUUGAUAUGGAGGAAGAUAACAGCUGAGAAAUUAGACUGCGAUUAUCUGUUGUUGUACAGUAAAUCUGAGGCUGAUAAACUGCUUCGAGAAUGUGAAGAGACUUUAACCUACAACUCAGGUCGUUUAGCUCAGGUGCAAGUAUUUGGCAAAUGGCAUGACAUCCCACGGAAACAGGUUGCCCAUGGCAACGAAGGCUUACAUUAUACAUUUUCCGGAAACACAGUGCCAGCCCGUCCUUGGACUCCGCUCCUCCUGAAGAUAAAAGAAAGAAUUACGCAGGUCACCGGUCAUUCCUUCAAUUUUGUCCUUAUCAACAGAUACAAGGAUGGGAAUGACCACAUGGGAGAACACAGAGACGACGAGAAGGAUCUGGUGAGGCUGAGCCCCAUAGCAUCGCUGUCCCUUGGCCAAGCUCGUGAUUUUGUGUUCCGUCAUGAAUGUGCUCGUGGCAGCCAGAGCAAGAAAGGGGCACCAAAACUGGACCUUGACCCCAUCAAGAUAGAGCUGCAACAUGGAAGUCUUCUAAUGAUGAACUAUCCGACCAAUGUGUAUUGGUACCAUUCACUGCCCCAACGCAAGAGACUUCCGGCAGUCAGGAUCAAUAUGACCUUCAGGGAUAUGGUUAUCAAAUAAACUUCACUUCUCUCUCUCA